GGCCUCAGUCCCUCACCGGGCUGAUUCGCUAAAGAGCAGCGAUAGCUGCUCUGUGAUUUCCCCAGAGCUGGAAAGGUGAUGGAAAGACUCGAGCGAACGGCACGGAACUGCGUCAGGGACGGGUCGGGGAUGGAACAGGCUGCCCCGAGCUGUUGGAACUCAAGAGCUGUUUGGACACCGGUUUCAGACAUAGGGUUUGUCUUUUGGGAAGUGCUGUGUGGAGCCAGUCAUCCUUGUGGGGCCCUUCCACUUCGGGACGUCCCGUGGCUCUGUGAGUUGGGUGUCCCUGUACUGCAAGCUUAAUUUCCUCGGAAGGAAGGGAGCCGCCAAGCAAAGAUCAGCGCCACCGGCACUCCCAAAGCUCCGCGGGACGGCUGCAGAAAGGCAGGGCUGCUCCGGAACAUAAAACACAGACUCUAUUUUUUUAAUUAUUAUGUAUUUAUUUAUUUAUUUUAAGGAGACGGAGCGAGAGGCGGCUAAGCACCUCUUUGCCAUGGGUAGCUACCGACUCACACUCCCGACGGCCGUCCCAGAGCGGGACAGCGGAAAGCGAUUAACUCCCUAAAUACCAAGAGCUGAAGCUGUGCGACCUCCUCAGUCCGACAGGGGUUGGAACUGAGAGCAGGAGGGGUUGAAGCGGGGGCGCGGCCGCAGCACUCAGCACCCGGGAGAGCUCCGCCGACAGCGCCGCGCAUGCCCCGGCCCCGCGGGGGCGGAUAAAAGCGCAGCGGCCGCACCGCCCCACCGAGCGGCUCCGCCGCUGCCCGCCGAGCGCUCAGGGCUCGGGCUCCGACGCUGGGGAAGCGGAGCUUCCGAGCCUCCCCCACUGAGAAUGGGAUGGAUGAGCCCUGCGAGAGCGGCUCCUGCUCGGCGGAUGCCGGCAUGAAAGAAGGAGCGGGUCGGGAGCCCUGGGACGCACCGCUGGGUUUGCUGGAGGGCGGACAGAUGGGUAACAAGAGUAACGUGUCCUUCCUGCAGCUCCUGAAGAAUCUCAACUUGGAGCGAGCCGAUGGGAUGCAAGGAGACAGCUCCGACGUGGUGCGGAUUGUCAUCUCCUUGGUGUACUCCGUGGUGUGUGCCCUGGGACUGGUGGGCAACCUGCUAGUGCUCUACCUGAUGAAAAGCAAGCAAGGCUGGAGGAAGUCCUCCAUCAACCUCUUUGUGACCAGCCUGGCUGUGACUGACUUUCAGUUUGUGCUGACCUUACCCUUCUGGGCUGUGGAGAAUGCACUGGAUUUCAACUGGCUCUUCGGCAAAGCUAUGUGUAAGAUUGUCUCCUAUGUGACAGCCAUGAACAUGUAUGCCAGUGUCUUCUUCCUCACUGCCAUGAGUGUGGCUCGAUACCGCUCAGUGGCUUCAGCCUUGAAGAACCAGGGGCGAGGCGACCCGCUGGGUGGUUGCUGCUCUGCCAAGUGGCUUUGUGCUCUCAUCUGGCUGUUGGCAAUCCUGGCUUCUCUACCCCAAGCCAUUUUUUCCACCACUGCCACCGUUUUUGAUGAUGUCCUCUGCCUUGUCAAGUUCCCCGAGGGCCGAGGCAGCAAUGCACAGUUCUGGCUGGGUCUGUACCAAACCCAAAAGGUGCUGCUGGGCUUUGUGCUGCCUCUGGCCAUCAUCAGCCUCUGCUACUUGCUCCUGGUGCGCUUCAUCAGUGACAAGCAUGUUGGCAGCACCUGCAGUGGUCCAAGCACCAAGCGCCGCUCUAAAGUGACUAAGUCAGUGUCCAUCGUGGUGCUGUCAUUCUUCUUGUGCUGGCUGCCCAACCAGGCACUCACGACGUGGGGCAUCCUCAUCAAGCUUAAUGUGGUGCACUUCAGUGCUGAGUACUUCCUCUCCCAGGUGUACCUCUUCCCCAUCAGCGUGUGCCUGGCACACUCCAACAGCUGCCUCAACCCCGUUCUCUACUGCCUGAUGCGCAGGGAGUUCCGCAAGGCGCUGAAGAGCCUCCUCUGGAGGAUCACCUCACCUUCUCUCACCACCAUGCGUCCUUUCACCGACACCACCAAGCCAGAGCAGGAGGAGCAAGCCCUGCACGCCUUGGUGCCCGUCCACCCUGUUGCACCUUCCUCUGCAGCUGUCCAGCCAGAGCUGGCUUACUACCCACCUGGGGUGGUGGUGUACAGCAGUCGAUGUGACAUGCUGCCCGCUGCCUCCGUGGAACAACGCUGCUGAGAUGGCUGUGGGGAUGGGACUGGGAGGGGGUUCUGUGCAGGACAUGGUGCUGGGAUAUUGACUGCCUGUUAGGAACAAGGGGACGUGAGAUGGGUGGAUGAGGUUGGGAGAAGCUCUUCUGGAGUUGUCUGCUCUUGGAAACCGUGUGAUGAAAAUUAUCUUGAAAGUGUGCCCCAGAAUGGAGAACAGGAGGAGGAAGGAACGUUGUGGUGUGCUAGCGAUCAGGGUGUCUCUCAGAGAUGCUUUUCAGUACUUGUACGUGUCCUGUCUCCUGAUGGAGCACCAGCUGGGAGCUCAGCUGGUGAGGGUGAGGCUGGUUGGGGUGAAGCAAGGCUGUUCCCACAGCGUCUUGGCAUGAGCAUGAAGAGGCCAGGACAAGCAGAUACAGGGAUCCUGCUUGUUCAGGCUCAGCUCCUUUCUCCCUUUCUAGGGUCCAACAAGAGGGGACAAGGAGCACAGUGCUCCCUCCCCUGCAGGAUCUACUUUUCUGGCUUCCUCAUCCCCUCUGCUGCUAAGACAGAGCAGGACAACAGAUUCUGGACAGCCAAGGAGAAAGUUUGGGGCAGGACUUGCUGCUUCACAAAGAGAAGUUUCUUUGUUUGGGUUUGGAGGGAAGGGAGUUGCUCCCUACCACCUCCUAACAUUGUGAUCCAUAGCCCUGCUGAAGCAGGAAAUCUGCAGCCCCCAGCUCUGAGGCAGGUGUCUGUCCAGGCGCAUGAAAGCUGCAGGUUCUGUCCUGUGCCUCAAAUAGUUGGGCAGUUAACUCCAGGAGAUCAGCACAAUUGUAAAUAAAGGAGAAAAAGGGGGACAAAAAUAAAUCAGAUUUUAUCUACUUCAAACUGUUUGCUCCAGGAUGCUUCUUGUUUCAGCAAAAACCAAUCGCAUAGUUUUGUGUUUGAAAGGAUCUGCACUGAUACUUGCCAGUGUUUCUGUUAACUCAGUCUCAAAUCCUAAGGUGUGAGAAGCCCAGAAAGCUGCAGUUCAGCACCCCAGAGAAGGGCAGAGACUUUCUGUCCCAUCCAGUGUUCCAAAGAAACAACUGGGGAAUAAUUUGGGGUUGAUCUGAAAUGAACUUGUGAAGGCAUGAAAAAAAGUACGAUUUGAAGCUGUGAAAAUUCUUUUGUUAAGGAUAUAUAUAUUUUCUAUUUUUUUUUUUUUUUUUUUUUUAGUAUGGUGAAAGAUUUUAAAAGGAAAGGUCAAAGUUGUUUUCUUUCCUUUUAGAGGAUGGAUAAAAUGAUUUUUUUUCUUUUGUUUUGCUUUUGUCAAAAUGUGUUGAUUAAUACCCAAAGCUGCAAAUGGGUUGAAUACAUCAACACAAUGUCAAAAAAAAACAAACAAAAACCCUCUCUAUUUCAACCUUCCUCUCCUGUAGUGAAACUCUAAUAUGUACUUUACUCUAUGAGGGGGAAGCAUUUCUACAGAGGACUGUUUGUCGCCUCCAAGCACAGAUACAGACAGAAUUCACCAUUCCUGUUUGGAGACAAGUGCAAUGCCUUUAGUAGCAAUUUGCCUUGCAGAAUCCUUUAGGUUUACUGUACACAUCAGUAACUCCUGUUGUAUAAUUCCAGUUUGGUCUGGAAGCAGCUGGUUCUGCUUCUUGCAAUGAGACACUGUUCUUUCAUUCAAGUCAGCAGAGACUUUUACUGCAGCCUUGGUUGCCUCUAAUGGAGAAGAUGCUGAGACUUGGAAGGAGCCUGGAGAGCAGAAGAAGUGAGCUGGCAGCUGAUGGAUGUAUUUACAAAGAUGCAAAAACUCUGGAAAGAAGAAAAAAUACAAACAUAAAAAAACAACAGAUAUCUGCUGAAGAUCUGGAGCACCUAUGUACUGUACAAGAAUCCCUUUAAGUUCCUUAAUGCUGACUUGGAUGCCAGUUGAAGUCUGUAGGUACUUAAAAUUUAACUGGAAAACUUUCUGUGCCUAAAGUCUGCUUCUGAGCAUGCCUGAAUCUACUUAAGUUUGUAGCAUUGUUUAUGUUUUAUGGGGAUCCUGCACUCAGGACUGGCUGCUGUGUGCACCAUAAGCCACGGAGGCAGCUCUGCACCCUGACACAGAACACCUUGUACCAGGCCACACAAAGUUAAGAGGGGAUGUAAGCUUAAUUGAAUCUCACUGUCCCUUUGUCUAGACAUGCUUCUCCUGUCCUGUCUUUGAUGCAUGUGCAGAUUAUGCUCUUUCCUCUUUCCUUUUUAAAAACUGCAUCACUGGGCAGAGCUCUUGCCCACAAAGUAGGAAUUGCUCCUUUUCACCUUUCCUAUACCUGGGAAUGGGUGAAACUCUAGGCUUCUCUCUGGAUGUGCUUGAAACAGUUUCCUGUUGCAUGAGAUGCUCACUGUUACAGGGUCAGAAAGGGAAUGCAAACCUUUGAACGAUACUUUGCAGCAUAAUGGGAAGGUCAUGAGCCCUAGAGAGGAAGUUUUAUUCUCUUGUACAAAUAAAUACAGAAGAGAAAUUGGAUCCAGGCCUGAAUUCUAGGUUUCACCUUCCCAAGGAUAACGAUUAACUAGCUGACUGUAUGGUUACGUGCUUGCCCUUGCUUUCAGGUCCUGUUUCAAUUAAUGUUUUGGUGCUGUACAUGGUGAGGUGGCUUCCACAGGCAGAGCUUUCUGGCCCUAAAAAUCUGUUAGUCUAAUGUGUCAAAGGAUUUGUAAGAAAUGCUGUUGGGUUUUGUACAUUCUAGGGAGAAAGUGCUAAUACUUGUACUAGCAGGUAGUUACACUGCUGUGUGAGGAAAAGGAUGCCAUGAACACUUUAAUCCAGAGUUCAGACAGGCCUAAACAUACUUCUGUAAGACAGGGGAAGUACCUGAAUGAAGAGGAGAAAUGGACCUUGAAGCCACAUUGUUUUCUUGGUGUUUGCUAUUGAACAGCGUAGCUUCCUGUGUGGCUUGCUGCAUCUGUAAUUCCUGUUCUCAGAUGCUUUAAUGCUCUUGUGCACUGCAUAAAAAGCUAUCAAAGUAUCUACUGCAUAGCUUUGAAUUUCAAUAGGUGGUGAAUUGCCUAAGUGACAUCCUCUGUGGUGGUCAGCAUGACAAAACUCACAUGUUUUUGUGGAUGUAAGUGUACACACAGUUUUUAUGGCUGCAAAAUAGCACGUAGUUCAGGACAACCCAUGGUUAGUACAGAAUCCUAACAAGAGCUGGUAAAAGAUGUCUGACCACUGAAGAUACAAGACUCUUUUGUACAGAAAAUCACUCAAAUAUGAAAAUGUUCCGAGUGUGUUGGGAAGGGCCUGACUAUUUUCUUAAAGGUCACCUGUCUCUUAAGCCACUGAAUCUAAGUCACAGAUAUGGUAUUUAAAAGAGACACAACCUGCCCGCAACUGGUCAACUACUGGUUUGCACCUGACCUGCAUUUCCAGCUAUGUAGUUGGUCAGUAUGCACAAGCAGAGAGAAGUUUUCUUUCACAUGUGCUGUGAACUGUAACUAUCUGUGCUUGAAAUCUGGGCUCUGUUAUACAGGCAGUGGCACCAACCUGUGUGCUGUAAGCGCUUGGUGUGCACACAGUGUUGGGAAUGUGGCCACAACAGAUGGUCUUUGCAGCUCCAGCUUUGAGACUGUAUGGUAUUGUGGGUUGUCCUAAGCAAGCAGUAAGUACAACACUCUUCAAGAACACUCCUGUUUCUUCCAAAUGUUUGUGUUUUCAUUUGUUAACAAUCACAUUUUCAUGGAUUGAAAUAAAUAUAGCUGAAAUAAACAAAA